GGUGACAGUAAUAUUCCUCCGUUUCGCACAUGUUACCUACCUAUGAUGCGGUGGCACAUGUGAAGCAGCUAUGUACCAUUGGGAAAUACAAUCUAAGCGGCGCCGCAGAGGUUCAAUACCUAAAGGUAGAAUAUACUACUAUGCACCUUGAGCCGGGCGGAUGAGACACAUAGGUAAUCUAUUUAAAUACGCUGCCGCCCCUCCUCACUCUCGCCACCUCACACACAUCCUCUUCUCUCAACUCCUCGACUUCACCGAAGCCGGCAAUCAGCUCCUCAGUCCACUAAUACGCCACCGGCCUCGGCAUUCAACCCACCUCGCAGCCCCGUAAACACCGUAAUACUGUCUAUCGGCCUCCGUCCCGACAUGCCAAGCGUGAUCGACGCCUUAUCCGCGCCAUCGCAGCGCACGCCGCAGUUCUCGACCCGCAGCAACACGGCGGACAACAUCGAGCGCGCGCUGGCCGAGGAUGGGCACCGGCUGUGGGGCUUCGUGGUGUACCGGUGCGCGUACGGCGACGACGCGGCGUGGGCGCAGCGGGUGGCGGGGCUGCGGCGCCGCGCGGGCGAGACGCUCGCGUACUACAACGGCGCGGACCUGCUGGACCGGCUCGCCGUGACCGUGGUCGAGGACCGGGAGGCGCUCGACGGCGCCAGCGCGGCCUCGGUGCGCCAGCACUUCGCCGCCUGGGCCGCCGCCGCCGUCGCGCGCGAGCAGGGCACCGACCGCGCCGGCCUGUCGCAGCGCUACCGAUACUGCGUGCGCGUCAGCGACGAGGGCGAGGGCGGAGACGACGACGACGACGACGACGACCGUGACGAGGAGGACGACUUCGUCGAUCUCAUCUGGCGCGACUGGGAGCCGUCCGUGCCGGACCCGCGCGAGGCCAGCCUGGAGCCCGUCGAGGGCUGCACCCGCCCCGACGUCGGCUGGAUGCGGGUCUCGACUCGCAGCGUCAUGGUCGAGAUGUACGAUCUGCUGCGGGACCAGAAUGCGUGGUAUUCCGAAUAUCGCCGCCCUCCCGAGGUCGUGUGUCGCUGA